GGGAUUGCCUUUGGAGAUGAUCACCUGCCACUGGAGUCUAUUUCUUUGACAUAAAACCAGAAUUUAUUGAUAAUAUAGGAGUUAGACCCUAAAAAUUAAUUCCUCUGGUGGCUCCAAGGAACUUCAGUCUGGCACUGGACCUACUAUCGUCCCCCAGCAGGAACCGGAAUGCCAAGAUUUAUGAGGGUCAGCGAUUACUAACCAUUUUGCUCCCGUCCCUGCCAAAUGACUACAAAUUCUGUCCUGCUAUUCUAAUGACAACGGGAAAGCUGGGUGACAAUAUGGCUGCCAUUGCAGCUUGCACAAUAGCGGUAGUCCCAGCUUUUCCACAAAUACCCUUUCCCUAUACAACUGUAUAUCUAUCUUCAGGACUCCUAAGGACAACACUUUCGGAAGCUGUAGUUAAAGCGGCCCCCCGACUUUCCUAUGUAGCACAGUUUAAGGUAGGUGGUAGAGAAAUUCCAUUAAAUUUACAGAUUGCAUGUCAAUGCACAGUCUAUGGCAGGGAUGGCCAACCUGAGGCUCUCCAGCUGUUGCUAAACUACAACUCCCAGUAUGCCCACACUGCCUACGGCAGGGAAUGGUGGGCGUUGUAGGUCGGCCAUCCCUGCUCUAUAGUACUUAAUCUGCAAGUCCAGGUCUGGUACCGUAUAUGGAGAUUUAUAGAUGCACAGGCUGGGGAGGGCGAAUAUUGAGCUGAUGCAAUAAAUGGAUUGUGUCACUUUAAAUGACUAAUUACUGACUGUAGUGUCAUACUGAAGGUUCUGCUGUUGGCAGGGUCAGGAUGAAGGCAGAAGGUCUUCCAAAUACCCCUACAAAAUAAUGUCACUGCAAUAAUCAGUCACCCCAAAUGCUGCUGGCCCUAAGCCCACUUGCUGCACCACUGAUAUAAGUAGUACCAGUAGGGGGCAGUGCAGACCUGGGACAGUGGAGAGAAAAAAAAACUUGCAUUAACUCUUUCACACAAUAUUCCAUGUAUAGACAUUUCUGUUUGCACAAAACUCCCUCCCUCCUUAUGAGGGUCAGCAGCACAUUCCUGCAGCAAGGGAGUGAUAGACUGCAGCAAUCUUCACCCUGCAGCAAGUCUCAAAUCUGUCAAUUUACAGAAGGAAAGAAAAAAAAAAUGUUGUAAAAAGGCAAAAAGCAGCAACGCCCCAGUCUGGAGAAGGGACACAUCUCAAGGGCAUGCGCUAUGAUGCACAGCUUCCCUGUUUGUGAGCCCCAAGAACAUCCCAUCACAAGCUUCCUAGCACUAGGACCACCCACCCAAAGCAUGGAGAUCCUGGGGUCCCCUGCUAAGGAUCCAAGCUGCUGCUGAUGACUUGGUCCAGCAAUCGGCAUGAGUUUUGCGGAGUACAAGGAACUGAUUCAAGAUGGAGACACGGCUAUUGUGUUUUUGGGUCACGAAUCCAUGUUUCCAGUGACAAUCCAACAGGGGGGCCAGACCCAAACGAAAUAUGGAGUCAUCAGACAUUCCACCGACCUGAUAGGGAAACGUUACGGCUCCAAGGUGACCUGCAGCAAAGGAGGCUGGGUAUAUAUCCUGUAUCCAACCCCGGAGCUAUGGACCAUGAACCUUCCUCACCGCACUCAGAUCCUCUAUUCUACUGAUAUUUCUAUGAUCACCAUGAUGCUGGAGCUGAAGCCGGGAUCAGUGGUCUGUGAGUCAGGUACGGGCAGCGGUUCCCUUUCCCACGCGAUCAUACGGACGGUGGCCCCCACAGGACAUCUGUAUACAGUGGAGUUCCACCAGCAGAGAGCGGAGAAAGCGAUGGAAGAGUUCAAGCAACAUAAAGUAGAUCAUCUGGUCACUGUGAAGAACCAGGACGUAUGUAAGAAUGGAUUCGGGGUGUCCCACGUGGCGGAUGCCGUCUUUCUGGACAUACCCUCACCCUGGGAGGCCAUUGGUCACGCCAAGGAUGCAUUGAAGACUGAAGGUGGCAGACUCUGCUCCUUUUCUCCCUGUAUUGAGCAAGUGCAGAGGACGUGUCUGGCCCUGAAUGAACACGGAUUUGCAGAGAUCAACACUUUGGAAAUUCUCCUCCGGACAUACGAUGUACGGACAGUCAGCUUGCAAAUCCCAGAUUUUGGAAAAGCCGUAGAAGAGAAAGGAAACCCCGAGAGUGGAGAUGCAUCCAAGCCAGUCUCUGGGUCCCAGCAGGGCUGCGCCUUGUUGAAGAGUGGCAUUUCACCCAGAGAAACCGUGGGUCAUACCGGGUACCUGACCUUCGCCACCAAGAGUUUAAGCAUUCCUGUAGAAAUCUGUCAUUAGGAAGCUCCAUAUAUAGUGUCGUGUGACCUGGGAUGGCAGAGACUGGUGUACAGUCGGGGGCGUUCCCCUCUCCCCCAUGGACACCAGCGCGCCCUUUUUUUUUUUUUU